GCUGCGCUUUCCGAAUCGAUACCGUUGCUUAUUCCUGGAUCCCCAACGGUGCCCCCAGCCUUGGAUCUGCCGCCCGAUCCGAUCUCCCAUACCCCACAAACGCCCCUGGAAGCCUGGACGCCGGUGACUGCAGGCAUCCGUCCAGCUCGGAAUUGCCAAGCUAGCCCUGAGCCGUCUCCCCUAUUCUUAUCAAUCUCUCGUUGCACGUAAUGGAGUCUUCCAUGACUUUACUGAGUGCACACAUCCAGUUCCUUGAUACUCAACUGGCACUGAUACACAUCCCAUUGCACCUCUACUCGAGCUUCCUACAGACGAUACUUCGACUGCUCCUCCCUGAUGAGAGCCGUAGUCAUGACGUUGCUAAUGGAAACGGAGCCGUGCAGCCGCCGAAAGGCUGGCCGUAUGAGCACCCCUUUGUGAACAUUUCAGUCACUCCCGUUGAAUGCUCCGUCGUUUGCUCGAGAACACUGGCCAGAGACUUGUUUGUUCCUGCACGCGAGGCUCUCAACCAGGCAUCAAAAGCCCAAAUCUCAAUCACAGACGAGGAUUUCGUGGUGAUGCAGGUGGACGGUGAGGGCCUCGAUGCCGGACAACGCGUGUUGGAACUUACCUCUCCCCUUGCCUUGGCCGGAAUUCCCAUCUUCUUCAUCUCCACCUACUUUUCAGACUACAUUCUCGUUCCCCAAAGGCAUCGUGCCCAAGUAGUCCUAGCCUUGGAAGAACGUGGCUUCCAAUUCGAAGACCAGACGUCCUCCUACGUCAACCCAACCCAUCACGGCCGCAACCUCUCCGCCUCUUCCAUCGACCCUCCCACCCCCGGAACCCCUCCUCCCGCCACCGUCUCCGAACUCCAAACCCGCACAUUCGCCACCCUCAAACGCCGCAACAUCAUCCCUACGGUCGACCCGGACCUCCGCCUUGUCCAAUGUGCCGGUCGAAGGGACAGCUCCAACGGCAUGCACCUAUCCCGCAACCGUAGCAGCAUGACGAGCGCCGCAGACGACGCUCUGCACCUCGGCCUCGUCAAAUGCCUCAUCACGCAACCGCAUCCGCGCUUUCUCUCCCUCACGCUCACCGACACCGAGCCCGCGUCUUUGCUCCUUGAUCACACCCUCGUCCCUAAUUUCCCAUCUGACAUUCUGCUUGGCUCCAAAGACGACUACCUCAUCCCCAUCACCCUCGAUCUCCGCGGCUUACCGAUGGAGAGCACCGGUAUCGUGUGCGGUGUGGCAGGCCGCCUUGUCGGAGGCACGCGUGGCUCAAUCCAAAGUCCCGUCGAAAUGAGCUAUCUGAGCACGGCACGUGCGGGGACUGUCAUGGUCAGCGAGGAGGAGCUGAAGCGCGCAUUGGGGGCCCUGAGUGGUGCGGAAAACGGGAUGGUGGUGGAUUAGCCAGCGACUGGAAGCAGGGGGUCGAGAGUGAGGAGAGUUGAUAGGAGGAAUUGUGUUGCGUGGUGAAGAGGUCAUGUGUGCGGUUGCUGCUUACGCGUUGAACGACUUCUCACCGAUCU